UUGCGCAUAGGGCUGAGAUCCGGUAAUGGCAAAGCAUUUAAAGAUCAUUCCCUGACCCCGGCUUCAGCCUGGUGCCAUAUCACUCCAUCUCACCUGAGUCCUUCGUUCCGUACAGUAAAAUGGCGGCCCCCGUAUGGAUGAGGAAGCGGGGCAAAGCCGAGGCAUGCGGCGAGCUCCCCUCUCGACCUAUCCUGACUGAGAAGCGCUGUGAGCCGCUCUCUGAUUGGGCGCGCUGGGCUUCUCGUCAGGAGCGGACGGGCUAGGCUGCGGCCUGUGGGUGUAUGUGGAGGAGGCAGUAGCUGCAGCUCACUUGGCCCUGGGGCUGCUUAGAGGCAGGAGUCACAGGAUGGACGCAGCUACUCUGACCUAUGAUACUCUCAGGUUUGAGUAUGAAGACUUCCCUGAGACCAAAGACCCUGUUUGGAUACUGGGGAGAACAUACAGUGUGUUCACAGAGAAGGAGGAGAUCCUGUUGGAUGUGACCUCUCGGCUUUGGUUCACAUACAGAAAAAACUUUCCUGCCAUUGGAGGAACAGGCCCCACAUCUGAUACCGGCUGGGGCUGCAUGUUGAGGUGUGGUCAGAUGAUCUUCGCACAGGCAUUGGUCUGCCGGCACUUAGGCAGAGAUUGGAGGUGGGUGAAAGGGAAGAGGCAGACGGAUAAUUACUUCAACGUACUUAAUGCUUUCAUUGACAAAAAAGACAGCUACUACUCCAUCCACCAGAUAGCCCAGAUGGGAGUUGGAGAGGGCAAAUCGAUAGGCCAGUGGUACGGACCAAACACAGUUGCACAAGUGCUCAAAAAACUUGCCACUUUUGAUACAUGGAGCUCAUUGGCAGUGCACGUAGCCAUGGACAACACUGUAGUGAUGGAAGAAAUCAGAAGGUUAUGCAAGUCCAGUUUCUUGUGUGCUGGGGCUGCAGCAUUCCCUGCUGCAGAGUCAGACCUGCUCUAUAAUGGGUACCCGGAUGGAGCAGAGGUUACAGAUAGGUUGUCGCUAUGGAAACCAUUGGUGCUGCUGAUACCUCUUCGCCUUGGGCUCACGGAUAUCAAUGAAGCUUAUAUUGAAACACUAAAGCACUGUUUCAUGAUGCCUCACUCCCUGGGAGUGAUUGGAGGGAAACCCAACAGCGCUCAUUACUUCAUCGGCUAUGUAGGUGAGGAGCUAAUUUACUUGGACCCCCACACUACACAGCCUGCAGUGGAACCCAGUGACAAUGGCUGUAUCCCUGAUGAGAGCUUCCACUGCCAGCACCCGCCCUGCCGAAUGAGCAUUGCUGAACUCGACCCAUCCAUCGCAGUGGGCUUUUUCUGCAACACAGAGGAAGACUUUAAUGACUGGUGCCAGGAAAUCAAAAAGCUGUCCCUGCUAAGAGGAGUUCUGCCGAUGUUUGAACUGGUAGAACAUCAGCCUUCACACUUCUCCAGCCCUGAUGUUCUGAAUCUCACACCAGACUCUUCUGAUGCAGACAGAUUGGAAAGAUUCUUUGACUCGGAGGAUGAAGACUUUGAAAUUUUAUCUCUUUGAAAAGAGAUGAUAAACUGACUGCACAUCUGUGUUGGGGGGGGGAGGGGGUGAAAGAAGUUCCUUCGAGCACCUAGGCCCUUACUGGUUUUCAUAGGUGCUUGCUGACAUCCCUGCCUCCCAUCCAUCCCAGCAUUCUGUGCAGGCAGAAGCACAGUAUGCACUGUCUGCAUUGGGAUCAAGAGAAAAGUCGUCAUUAAGACUUCAGUGGCCAGUCAGGAUUUCUUAGUGCAAAACGCAUGCAAGAAGUGGAUGCAGUGGUGCCUAGGAGUUCAAAGUUUUGUUUGUUACAGCAAUAGCUCAGCUGGCCCUCCAGGAAUAACAGCAGAAACCCCACAUGGAGCUAGACCCUUGUGAGUACUUCCAAAUGAUAUUUAAUCAGCGCCAUUCCUCUUUUGAGAGGCAAAACCUAUACGGUUAGUUCCUUCCACAGCUUUCCUGCUUAUGGCUGACUUGGGCUAAACUUAGAUUUAUGGAAAGCAAUGUAAAUUAAUACCAGGCAUGUCCCAUACAGAGGCUCCAGCCCAGUAGUAUGUGAGCUAGUCACCUGGAUGGUCAUGUUUUCCAUAGUACUAGGCCAUACGCUGCUGCUGAUGCUUAAUAGUAGUUGCAGUGGUUUCUCACAAACACAGUGCUGCCUGUCUUCUCACCAUACCUAGAAGCUGCCUGCUCUUAUAAAGGACAGCCUUCUCAGAGGUGAAGCACUUCCUCUAUGUGGAAAACCUCAUGGUAAUGCCCAAGGUCUGAAGAUGACAACCAAAAGGGGAGGAGAACCCCAGUUUAAAUAAAAGGAGGAAGGAAGAAAAAGGAUGCGAGUGCUAGAGUCUCACUGGAUGAGUCCUCAAAACACCAAGGCUCUGAAAAAGAUGGAUUGACAACUCUAGCAGUGAGGUAUCUUCAUUAAAGUAUGUUAAGAGAACCAGACAGAGUCCUGUGAGAGGUUGAGAUGUUUUUAAAUCUUAAGAGCCCGAUAUUGCUUUUUUUUGGUGCCACAAAGCAUCCUAUGUAGCAUGGUCGCUCCUCCUGGGCUGAUUGAAUAGUUGGGGAUACUAUUCUCAUUGGACUCCCUGCUUUCAAAAUGAUGUACAAGGGGGCUUGAAAUUUAAUUAGGCAUAGAAUAUAUUUCUUAGCUGAUUGGUACCAUUUCACAUGCUAUUUUGCAGCUUCCCUUUAUGAUGAUUUAGUUGGGGAUUGGCCCUGGUUUGAGCAGGAGGUUGGACUAGAUGACCUCCUGAGGUCCCUUCAAACCCUGAUAUUCUAUGAUCCUUCUAGCACCAUGUGGCAAAUGCAUUCUGUAGAAGCUAGGCCAAAGAAACCCAUUUUAAGUGACCAUCUGAAGAUGUCGAGGAAAAAAUGGAUGCCUAGAAAAGUUGAUAGUUAAACAUCAAACACAAUUGUACUGAAAACCUUGGAGUUACUUUAACUUUACAUGAACUUGCCUGUGGUCCAUAAUAACUAUUUAGUAAAAAUGAAAGCUGGAUUGAAAACGGAUGCAUAGGAGAACUGGGUCCUGAUGUGAGCCACCAUAGAAGCUAUUCAAGUCUUCUCCUUUCUCCAGAGCUGCUGCAGGUGGCAAAUCCAUGUUUGCAAUGCAUCUUCCUGCAUUUGGGAACAGCACUUGUCAGUUGAUGCUUUUGUGCCCAGAAGAUACAUAAACUGGCCAUAAAUGCUGUCCUCCAUGACAAGGCUGACUGACCUAUUGAUGUUAAUCUCAUUAUCUGCCCCUAACCUCCCAGAGAUUUUAACUCUUGAGCUAUGAUGCUUCUGUCACUAAAUUACUUGCUUUCUCUCUGCUGCUGUUUCCUCAUCUCUUGCAUUAAUUUUAAGGGGGGAGGGGAGAUGGUGGAGGAAGUGGGGCUGUGCUCCAUUCAUUAACUGCUUUCAAUUUGUAUUUGAAUAAACAAACUUAAUCUUU